CCCAGCUCUUCUCUUCAGUUAGAGGGGAGCACUGAGACUAGAUGGCUCACUCUGAUAGCAGGGAACUAGGGACUUUGGUAGGACUGUCUCAUCGCAGAAGGGAAGAGAAUGCAUUGGGACAGGGAGAGUGAGAUGGGCAGCUUCUUCACUCCCAGUAGAAUAGUGAGCAACUGAACUGAGAUGGAUGGAGCUUACAUGCAAUAAGUCAUGUGUAGGGACAAACGAAGAUGUUUGUUUUGAUCCGAAUUAAAUGCUUGUCCUAUUCUGCUUUGAGAGGAAUGUGAAUGUUUUUAAAGCCAAGUUUCUGUGGUUGUGGAUGUAAUGUGUUUUACAGCAGGGACCAUGGUUAUGAUGAAGCUCUCUGCCCUCCUCAUUGCCUAUUUCUUGGUCAUUUGUCAGAUGUACAGCUCACAUGCAGCUCCAGCCAGAACUGGUUUAGAGUCUAUAACAGACCAUGUCACGCUAACUGACUAUGAAGCCCGAAGGCUACUCAACGCCAUCGUCAAGGAGUUUGUUAAAAUGACAUCAGAGGAACUGGAGCAACAAGCCAAUGAAGGACAUAGCGUUACAGCACAGAAGCGUGCGUGUAAUACUGCCACAUGUGUCACCCACCGACUGGCUGACUUCCUGAACAGAUCAGGAGGAAUGGGCAACAGUAACUUCGUCCCCACCAACGUGGGCGCCAAGGCGUUCGGACGAAGAAGGAGAGACACCCCCAAGACAGCACCAAUGUGAAUGUGUUAACAGGCCUCAGGGAUUUGGUAUAACAACAUUCUACACUCCUCUCUCUUCCCACUGCUGUGCCUCUAACUGUCAACCUCUGUCUGUCUCUACUGUAUCUCUAAUGCUCUUUCCCCAGCCUCUGUCUUUCCACAUCUAUUCUAUUUCAGUACUCUUCAGAUAGUCUCUUUGUAACUUUGCCGGCCUUCAAAUUUGGUCUAUGUCUUAUGGAUGAAUACAAGUUGGGAGUUAGAGUUCAGUAGAAAGGAGGAUAACCAGUAAUUUCCUUCCAUUUUCUCUCCCUGCAGAGUAUGAGUCCUUAAGUGAGACAACAAUACAUCCUGUUCUGAACCAACUACAGACAUCUAGAAAUGACAACUCUUCACUGUUUUAAAAAAACAGCCUUCAAACACAGGACUGAUUUCCUGCAUACCUCUUGCAUACUCUGUGUUACCGAUAUUCAUUUGCUCUAUGACCAUGAGGAAAUACAACCUAGAAAACAUUACAACAAAAAAUAAAGAACAAACUUCUGUUAUGUCUAUUUUCACCAGAUCUUUACCCUGUACAAGCCAGUUGGUUCUGUCCCGUUUUGGCUUAGAGCACCUGUGCAGUUUGAUCCUGAGUCCCCACCCCUCCUCUCUCCUGUGUCAGCAGCACACUGCAGGGGUGCGGAGACUACAUCAAGCUCCGCCCCCACAAGCUUCCCUGACCAUGGCUGUGUCUUGUGCCUUGAUGUAGACCACUUCUUCACAUUUCAUUAAUUGUACAGUAUGUUUGAACAGUGAAAGGAAAACGAUUGAAGAAUCGAAAUAUUGUAACAAUUGUGAAUCUAAGCAAGAUUAAAAUGUAUUUUAGAUA